GAUGCGGGGUCCCGAUCCACAUUCCUCGGGGAGAGAAGUUGUCAAGGGGGGAUUCUGCUGCCGGAUGGACUCUCUUGGUUUUUUCCGGGUUUUUGUUUUCGAGAGCUCCGCUUUCUCUGGGUGCUAGGGUUGGUGCUGUUCAGGUGCGGUGUGUUGUGGUGACGGCAGCGGCGUUGCUGCAAUCUUAGUUUUGCUACGUUUCUCCCGUUGCCAUUCCGGUGGUCAAUGCUCCUAGUGUGGCGACGCUGGUUUUGCAUUCUCUUCCUCGCAGUCGUGCAGUUGGAGCGAGAUCUGGCUUUUUGCUCGCGUUACUGUUCCCGUGGAGGGGGGCUGCUCGUCAUUUAGGGCGCUUCUGCAACGCCGUCCCUGGCUGUUCUACCGUUUUUGUUGUCUGUGGCGAUCCUGCUUCGGAGUGUGCUGCGAUCAAGGCUGGUGGCUGCGGAAGCUCCUGUUGUCAACGUGAUCUGGUUUCCGUACUUCUUCCGUUGGUCUAUGGUUAGAGGGCGAUACGGGUGUUCAUGCUAAGGUGGUAGUUUUCGACGGCGCCUUGUUGCUCUAUUGUUGUUAUUGCGCCGCCGCCUACCACUGGAGUGUCGACGGGUUCCCUUUUGGGGAAUCUUUUUUGCUCCCUUUUUCCAGCUUCUGCUUCGAAUCGUGUUGCUGUUUGUUCUGGUCCUGCAUCGAGCUGGUGCUCGGUCCAUGUUCUUCUUCAUAGUGUGUGAAGGGGCGUUGGAUGGUGCUGGUUGCACUGUGGUGGAAGCAUCAAGUGUGCGACGGUGUCUCAUGAUUCUGUCCCGUUUGGUGCUCUCUGGUGGCGCUUCUUUUUCGGGUUGGUGGUUCAGUGGCAUUGAGGAUUGUCGACGCUUUCUUGUUGCUGGCCUCGUCGUCUUCUCCUGGUGAUUCUUCGGUUCUGUUCUCCACCAUCUUGUUGUAGGGUAAGGCCGUUUGAUGCCACUGUUGCGGUUGUGGCUGCAAAUUCGACUGCUUCACCGACUGCACUCCUUGAAGUCAUGGCUGCUGCUGCAAGUACUUGAAGGAAGUAGUGGACGUUUAGGUCGUGGUUGGUAGCCGUCGGGGAAAUUGCGGUAUUUGCCAUCCGCCGACCCGCGUUUUUGUCGCCGUGGAUGCUGGAGGAUUAAGUCCUGCGGUGCAGUGCCGUCAAUUUUGGCUGGUGGUCGACUUAAUUCGGCACUUGUUGCUGUGCUCGUUCGUCUCUGACUGUUUUUGGGCUCCGGUGUUGUUCGACUAUCGCUGAGUUUCCAAUCAUCGUCGUCGCCUUUAGUCGGCACUCUCGGUGGACUGGCGGGGUUGGCAGGUAUUGUUGAAUGGGAGAAAUGAUGUUGUGCAACUAGUAGGCGGACGCGAGUUCGCUGGUGAUGUGGGUCUUAAUAGCAGAUAUCGAUGCUUAAAUUUGGAGAUGUGACUGUGUCAGCGAAAAGUUGAGCAAGUAACUUGACGGUCAGAGUCCCUACCGACAAUUGCAGAGAGGCAACGUUGUUCAGAAUUCAGUGUUGCAAGGGUGUUCGAAAUGUAGUACCGAUUUGUUAGUGCUGAUGAGGUAAGGUGGUUGUUCAUUAAAACACAAAAUUGUGGUGUAUGGUUGGCAGCGGAAGGUCCUCGUGAGGCAGGCAUUGAAGUUGACAGCUUAGUGAAAAUUUUAUGUAAGCAGCUUGGUUGUCGAUAGAACCGUCGGCUUCGCUGAAGAAUUUCAUGUGAGCAGGUAGCAUCUGGAGUUCGGAUAGCUUCCUGUGAUACUCUUGGACUCGGAACAAUUGUGAUACCAUUAUCAUCCGGCAGCCCUCUUUUCCAUAUCCCGAGUUUCUGGUGCAAGUCAUGACUUCGCCUACCCAGUUUCAUUCCUGUGAAGGGUUGUAAAGAUUGGUGGCAGCUUUGCCAACCCACUUUCAUUCUUGUGAAGGGUUCUGAAGAUCGAAGGACUUUGAGCCGCCAGUGGGUCGGCGAGCAAUUCCAUUUCUUCCUACACAACUGCUAUCGCAGCUACUCCAGGCUCGUUUUCGACAUCUUCCACAUUGCGGUGAUAAGGCCAUUUCCUAGUAAUAAAUUUGAGCAUCCUAAAGCACUAUUUUCGAAUUAUGGCUAGGUUGGAUCCUACAACUCACACUUCAGAAUCAAUGUUGCCAAAUGUUAAUGGUUUGGAUCAUACUCUUGGUGGAGUUGUAUCAAGCAAAUAUUCAGAAUUGCAAUUGUAUUUAAAAAUUGCAAUGAAAUCCAUGGAAAAAGUCCAAGAAUUAACUUCUCAAAGAGAGGCAACAAAUUUGCCAAAAUUCAACAAAGAGCAAUGUGGAUAUUUAGCUUAUAAACUCAAGCUCACCAUUGAGAGUGCUAGUUCAUUCUUUCAUGCCAUAUGCAUUCGAAAAGAUAUUCCUGAAGAAGCUUUUGCAAGUUGUGUGGGUAAUUUCAAGCUAUUUGCUACAAAGGCAAAAGAAAUUGAAAGUUUCAUCCAAGAUUGUUGCAAAAAUGCAUGGAUCGAGGCUGCCAUCAUAUUGACAAAAGUGCAAGAGCGUGUUUCAUCAAUAAGCUUUAAUUUGGAAUUAUGUAGACUUUCAUUUUUUGACUAUGAGUUCAAAGCACCACUAAGCAAAACUUGGGCAAAACUUGUUGACGAAAUUGAAGAGAUCAAUAGCAUUGAAGCCAAGAUUGUGCAAGAGAAAGCAUUUCAAGAUGAAGAGACAUUGCUAAAGAAAGUGGAUUUGGACUUGAAGUCAUUGAAUGGUGAGGAGAAAGAAUUGGCUUACAUUUUGCUUGAAAGACUUGAAAGCACAUCAAUUGCAUCUUCACGAAACCUAUUGAAGAGAAAAUUGGAUAAGAUGAAGCAACAAAACCAAAUAGGAAAAGGUGCAUCUGCAACUGUAUUUAAAGUUAAUUGGUUAGAGAUGGAAGUUGCAAAGAAGGUGUUUUAUGGAUCAAACAAUAAACAUUUUGAACAAGAAUUGUCAACUGAAUUGGGGGUGUUUCAUGCGAAUGUUAUGUCCAUACUUCACUACACUUCAAAAGGUAUGGUUUGUCUUCAUUCAAAAGAUAUUGUACAUAGGGACUUGAAACCAAACAAUGUUUUGGUGAAGAUAACAAACAUGGAAAUUGGAUAUGUACAUGCCAAAUUGGCAGAUUUUGGAAUGUCCAAAACCAAGAAAAGUAGUUGUUCUACUCAAACACUUAAUAUAGGUACUACUAGGUACAUGGCUCUAGAAGUGAUUAAAAUCCAUGAGCAAGGAAGUGAAAACCAUGUGCUUACAAGUACAAACAAACGAAAGUAUCCACCAAAAAGUGAUGUGUAUAGUUUUGGUAUGGUGUGUUAUCAAAUACUAACAGGAAAAGUCCCUUUCUUAGAUCUAACCAAUAGUGAAGCUAAGGAAAAGAUAAAGAGUGGAGAGUGCCCAUCUCUACCUUAUCAUUGUCCACCAAUUUUGAAGAGUUUAAUAGAAGAUUGUUGGAAAUUUAAUCCCAAAGAUCGUCCAACUUUUUUGGAGAUUUGCAAGGAUUUAAGGUGUAUAAAGUACUUAUUGAUGACAUCAUGUUCAAGCUUGAUAAUAUUGCCAAAUAAAUCAAUCAAUUUUCUAUCUUUUACAACCUUGAGAAUAUGUGAAACUUCAAGUUUGAUAUCAUUGUUAAAUAACUUGGAUAAUUACUCAUCUUUGACUACUUGUGAAAUAACUAAGUGCUCAAAGUUGACAUCAUUGCCAAAUGAAUUAGGCAAGCUCAUAUCUUUGACUUCCUUAAAUUUAAGUGGGUGCUCGAACUUGAUAUCAUUACCAAAUGAAUUGGGCAACCUCACAUCUUUGGUUUUCUUCAAUUUGUGUGAAUGCUCAAGCUUGAUAAUAUUGCCAAAUGAAUUGGGUAACUUCACAACUUUGACUUCCCUAAAUUUACGUGAUUGCUCAAGGUUGACAUCAUUGCCAAAUGAAUUGGGCAACCUUUCAUCUUUGACUACUUUAAAUAUGAGUAAGUGCCGAAGUUUGGCAUCAUUGCCAAAUGAAUUGGGCAAUCUCACAUCUUUGACCUCCUUAAAUUUAAGUGGAUGUUGGGAGUUGACAUCAUUGCCAAAUGAAUUAGGCAACCUCACAUCUUUGACUUCCUUAAAUUUAUGUGAUUGUUCAAGGUUGACAUCAUUGCCAAAUGAAUUAGGCAACCUCACAUCUUUGACUAGUUUAGAUAUGAGUAAGUGCCCAUACUUGACAUCAUUGCCAAAUGAAUUGGGCAACCUCGCAUCUUUGACUUCCUUGAACUUAAGUGGGUGUUGGAAGUUGACAUCAUUACCAAAUGAAUUAGGCAACCUCACAUCUUUGGCUUUCUUAAAUUUAUGUGAUUGCUCAAGAUUGACAUCAUUGCCAAUUGAAUUGGGCAACCUUAUAACUCUGACUUCCUUAAAUAUAAGUGGAUGUCUCAAGUUGACAUCAUUGCCAAAUGAAUUGGGCAACCUCACAUCUUUGACUUCCUUAAAUUUAUGUGAUUGUUCAAGGUUGACAUCAUUGCCAAAUGAAUUGGGCAAACUCACAUCUUUGACUUCCUUAAAUUUAAGUAGGUGUCAAAAGUUGACAUCAUUGCCAAAUGAAUUGGGCAACCUGACAACUUUGACUUCCUUAAAUAUAAGUGGAUGUCAAAAGUUGACAUCAUUGCCAAAUGAAUUGGACAACCUCACAACUUUGACUUCUUUAAAUUUUAGUAGAUGAUGCGAGUUGACAUCAAUGCUAAAUGAAUUGGGCAACCUCACAUCUUUAACUUCCUUAAAUUUAAGUGGGUAUUGGGAGUUGACAUCAUUGCUAAAUGAAUUGAGCAACCUCACAAAUUUGACUUCCUUAAAUAUAAGUGAAUGUCAAAAGUUGACGUCAUUGCCAAAUGAAUUAGGCAACCUGACAACUUUGACUUCUUUAAAUAUAAGUGGAUGUUGGAAGUUGAUAUCAUUGCCAAAUAAAUUGGACAACCUCAAAUCUUUCACUUUCUUAAAUUUAAGUGGGUGUUGGGAGUUGACAUCAUUGCCAAAUGAUUUGGGUAACCUCACAAACUUGACUUCCUCAAAUUUAAGUAGGUGUUGGAAGUUGACAUCAUUGCCAAAUAAAUUGGGCAACCUUACAUCUUUAUCUUCCUUAAAUAUAAGUGGAUGUCAAAAGUUGACAUCAUUACCAAUUGAAUUGGGCAACCUUACAACUUUGACUUCCUGAAAUGUAAGUGGAUAUCUCAAGUUGACAUCAUUGCCAAAUGAACUUGGCAACCUCACAUCUUUGACUUCAUUAAAUUUAAGUGGGUGUCAAAAGUUGACAUCAUUGUCAAAUGAAUUGGGCAACCUGACAACUUUGACUUCUUUAAAUAUAAAUAGACGUCAAAAGUUGACAUCAUUGCCAAAUGAAUUGGGCAACUUCACAUCUUUGACUUCUUUUAACUUAUGUGAUUGCUCAAAGUUGACAUCAUUGCCAAAUGAAUUGGAUAACCUCACAUCUUUGACUAUCUUAGAUAUUUGUAGGUGUGGGAAGUUGAAAUCAUUGCCAAACGAAUUGGGUAACCUUACAUUUUUUAAAGUCAUUAAUAAAAAGAGUUGGAUAUCAUUGUCAAAAAUAAUAAUCAAUGAUUAUUUAAGAAUAUAUUUGUAAAAAAUGUUUUAAAUCAAUCAAAUAUACUCUUAUAUGUUAGUAAGAAAAAUUAAAUUAAGCCUACAUACAUUAUUUCGAACAUACAAUAGCACCAAAAUAUUAAUAAUUCUAAGAAGAUAGAAUUCAAAUUUAGAAUUUAGAAUUUGGAGGAUGAGAGUUAUAUAUAUUCUCUAAGAAAUAAAUAGACUUUUUAAUGUUGUAAUUUGAACUAUCCCUAUAUUUUUGAGAUCUAUAAAUUUAAUGGUGGACUUAUAAUAUUCUAUAAGUUUUUUAAA